AUGAAGAGUUUAGAGUCGUUCUACGUCACCUCAGCAGAUAAGUGUUAUUUACUUUCCCAUGGCUUAUCCCCAAGCGAUACAGUUCAAAGGAUAGAAGUUGCAGAGCUAAGAUGUGAUCACGAGGAAGCCGAUACGCGAUUACUGCUUCACUCAAGACAUGCAGCCGAAGCACAUGCUGAGAUAAUAAUCAAAUCACCCGAUACAGAUGUGUUUUUACUGUGUACAGCCAUGCAGAAAACAAUUGGCACGAAACUGUAUCUGAUGACUGGAAAUGGGAACAAAUUCCGUGUUAUAGAUGUUGCUGCCGUCUCAGACUCACUUGGAGAGGAAUUGUGCGCAUCCCUGCCAGAAUUCCACGCCUUCUCAGGUAUUUUUCUUUAUUGAUUUGAAUAUUUUAAGAUAACUUUAAAAAAUAUUUAUUUAUUUUUUUCUUUGUAGGAUGUGAUACAACAAGUGCGUUUCUUGGUAAAGGGAAGUUAAAACCGUGGAAGGUCCUCAUGCAACAUCCAGAAUUCUGUGCAAUAUUCUCCAGGCUUGGCAAUCUGCCCAUCCAUGAUGACCUGGUAGACCUCCUGAACGAGUUUAUAUGUUUACUGUAUGGCGAUGACUGCUCACGAAGUGUUGACGAGUGCAGAUAUAAUCUUUUUAAAGCAGGAAAGUGUUCUGAUGAUGCGCUACCACCAAAUAGUGACUGUCUGUUUCAUCAUAUUGCUAGAUCCAACUUCCAAGCUGCUUCGUGGAAUCGUUGUUUAUCUCCAAUGUUACAGCUUCCAUCUGCUGUGGGUAAUGGGUGGCAAUUGGAAUCAGAUGGGCAAUUACAUAUAUUGUGGAUGACCUGUCCAUCAGCUCCGGAGUCCCUUCUAGAAUUUGUGCAGGGCAAAUGUAAAACCGGAUGUAAGACCCAAAGAUGCUCUUGCUUGAAAUCUGGAUUGAAGUGUACUGAAGUGUGUUCCUGCUCAGAGGGCCAAAACAAUCCACAAAUAAUGGAUGGAGAAGAUGAAUCUGAUUCUUCUGAUAAUGACGAUGAAAAUGAUUAUGACUGGGACGAUGAUGACAAUAUGUUUGAUGAUUUAUCAGAAUGA